CCGCCGCCGCCGCCGCCGGACCCGCGCCCGCCCCCGGACUCCCUGAAGGGGCCUGCGGUACGGGCGCGACCCGGCCGCCGCGAGCUCCUCCGGCCCGCGGAGCCGGUCCCGGCACUGCCUGCACACCGCUGACCCGCGGGGGCUGGACGAACUGCUGCUCCUCGCGCCGGCACGCGGCGGACUAGGAAACUAAGCCCGGUUUUGGUUCUUUUUAACCCUUCCGAGAAGAGGCGAGGAAAGAAGGGGGUGUGUGUCUGGGGAGGGCGAAGGAGCCUCGAACACCUCCUCUUAACUCUCGCAGCCCCGCGAGCGAACGACUGCACCAGCUGCCUCCGGCCGGGAGCCGCCGACACAAGGCGGGGGGGCAGCGCGGCAGCAGCAGCGAGCGAGCGAGCGCGGCCUGGGAGGCUUCGGGGCGCCCCCUCAGCCCCGCCGGGCGUCAGCCGCGGGAGCGGGCUGGGGGCGCCGGAGGCACGCUCCGGCGAUGAAGCGGCAUCCCCCGCGGCUGGUGCGAGCCGGUGCCAGGGUCCAAGGACAAAGCAGGGAAGCGCUGGUGGCGCCGCUCCUCGGGCUGAGGGGGGGGCAUGCACCUGCAUAGCCCGCCGGGCCUUGGCUCUCCCCGGCGCGCCUCAACUCCGCCGCUCCGCCGUAGCCUGCUCGGGAUUUACUAGAAGCCAUUUUGUCUCCCCCACCCCUCCCCUCCCCACCCCUCCCCUCUGCCCUCCCCACCCCCUCGACUUCCCCCUUUUGUUAAUUAAAACUAAGAAGUAAGAAUGGCAACGACGUGGCCGGCUCCCGUGGAGAACGCUUAAGGACACCACGCCAAUUCCUUCCUUCCGAGAUGGAAAGAGGAGCUCCUAGCUCAUUUAAGCCGGGGUAGGGCUGGUUCUCCUUUCCGAGCCAAAAUCCCAGGCGAUGGUGAAUUAUGAACGUGCCACACCAUGAAGCUCUUGUGGCAGGUAACUGUGCACCACACCUGGAAUGCCGUCCUGCUCCCCGUAGUCUACCUCGCGGCGCAAGUGUGGAUUCUGUGUGCAGCCAUCGCCGCUGCCGCCUCCAGCGGGCCCCAGAACUGCCCAUCCGUUUGCUCGUGCAGUAACCAGUUCAGCAAGGUGGUGUGCACCCGCCGGGGCCUCUCCGAGGUCCCUCAGGGUAUCCCUUCCAACACCCGGUACCUCAACCUCAUGGAAAACAACAUCCAGAUGAUCCAGGCCGACACCUUCCGCCACCUCCACCACCUGGAGGUCCUGCAGCUGGGCAGGAACUCCAUCCGGCAGAUCGAGGUGGGGGCCUUCAACGGCCUGGCCAGCCUCAACACCCUGGAGCUGUUCGACAACUGGCUGACGGUCAUCCCCAGUGGGGCCUUUGAGUACCUGUCCAAGCUGCGGGAGCUCUGGCUUCGCAACAACCCCAUAGAAAGCAUCCCCUCUUAUGCCUUCAACCGGGUGCCCUCCCUCAUGCGCCUGGACUUGGGGGAGCUCAAGAAGCUGGAGUAUAUCUCCGAGGGCGCUUUUGAGGGACUGUUCAACCUCAAGUACCUGAACUUGGGCAUGUGCAACAUUAAAGAUAUGCCCAAUCUCACCCCCUUGGUGGGGCUGGAAGAGCUGGAGAUGUCAGGCAACCACUUCCCUGAGAUCAGGCCUGGCUCCUUCCAUGGCCUAAGCUCCCUCAAGAAGCUGUGGGUCAUGAACUCACAGGUCAGCCUGAUUGAGCGAAAUGCUUUUGAUGGGCUGGCCUCGCUUGUGGAACUCAACUUGGCCCACAAUAACCUCUCUUCUUUGCCCCAUGACCUCUUCACCCCACUGAGGUACCUGGUGGAGUUGCACCUGCACCAUAAUCCUUGGAACUGCGAUUGUGACAUUCUGUGGCUAGCCUGGUGGCUUCGGGAGUACAUACCCACCAAUUCUACCUGCUGUGGCCGUUGUCACGCUCCCUUGCACAUGCGGGGUCGCUACCUGGUGGAGGUGGACCAGGCCUCCUUCCAGUGCUCUGCCCCCUUCAUCAUGGAUGCCCCGCGGGACCUCAACAUCUCCGAGGGUCGGAUGGCGGAACUUAAGUGUCGGACUCCCCCCAUGUCCUCCGUGAAGUGGCUGCUGCCCAAUGGGACAGUGCUCAGCCACGCCUCCCGCCACCCAAGGAUCUCUGUCCUCAAUGACGGCACCUUGAACUUUUCCCACGUGCUGCUCUCAGACACUGGGGUAUACACAUGCAUGGUGACCAACGUGGCCGGUAACUCCAACGCCUCGGCCUACCUCAACGUGAGCACGGCCGAGCUCAACACCUCCAACUACAGCUUCUUCACCACUGUCACAGUGGAGACCACCGAGAUCUCACCUGAGGAUACAACGCGCAAGUACAAGCCUGUUCCUACUACGUCCACUGGUUAUCAGCCGGCGUAUACCACCUCUACCACGGUGCUCAUCCAGACCACCCGUGUGCCCAAGCAGGUACCCGCGACAGACACCAAUGAUAAGAUGCAGACCAGCCUGGAUGAAGUCAUGAAGACCACCAAGAUCAUCAUUGGCUGCUUUGUGGCAGUGACUCUGCUAGCUGCCGCCAUGUUGAUUGUCUUCUAUAAACUUCGCAAGCGGCACCAGCAGAGGAGUACGGUCACAGCCGCCCGGACAGUUGAGAUUAUCCAGGUGGAUGAAGACAUCCCAGCGGCAGCGUCUGCAGCGGCAACAGCAGCUCCAUCCAGUGUAUCAGGUGAGGGGGCAGUAGUGCUGCCCACAAUUCAUGACCAUAUUAACUACAACACCUACAAACCAGCACAUGGGGCCCACUGGACAGAAAACAGCCUGGGGAACUCUCUGCACCCCACAGUCACCACAAUCUCUGAACCUUAUAUAAUUCAGACCCAUACCAAGGACAAGGUACAGGAAACGCAAAUAUGACUCCCCCUCCCCCCAAAAACUUAUAAAAUGCAAUAGAAUGCACACACAAACACACACACAUACACACACACACGAGACAGCAACUUUUGUACAGAGUGGGGAGAGACUUUUUCUUGUAUAUGCUUAUAUAUUAAAUCUAUGGGCUGGUAAAAGAAACAGAUUAUAUUAAAAUUUAAAAACAAAAAAUCAAAACAAAA